AUGAGCUGGAGCUCACGAAGUGCUGUUAUGAUGCUUAAUCAAUGGCGUCAAAUACUGUUACACAGGACAUCAGGGGUUUCUUUAAAAGGAAAGAAAACGGGGCUCGAUUUUACUUGCCCUUGGUUUUGGGAUGAAACUUACAGACUUGGGAACACAGUGAUCGAGCAUAUGGAUGAAAUUAGUCUUCGCGAUAGAAAUGUGUCUGGGGUGUAUUCUUGGUCGGUCACUAAAGAGUUUAACGACAGUCUCGGGCUGUAUCGGACCAAAACCCAAAUCACAAAAUUGGUUGCCGGUAAAGACUCCAGAGAAUUGAAAGAUGACUACAUGAUAGAACAGAAAGAGAGAAAGAGAGAGAUAGAUGAUGCGAAUGCGGCGGCUGCUUUUGCGUUGUCGGCGAAGAAGUCAAAAAUUUCCUCCCCCGGCGACGAUCAGUAA